AUGUUAAGUCGCUUCGAUAAUUUGCCUGAUCUAGCAUUGAUUGAAAUACUUUCUUAUCUAUCUUGUAUUGAUGUUUUGUGGUCUUUCAGUAAUCUCAAUAUUCAUCUGACAAAAUUAUUAAUUGAACGAGGUUUUUAUCGUCAUGUUAAUUUAUCAUCUACUCGCUAUUGUCAAUUUCAAACAUUUUUAUCUUUACUUCGAUUAAAUGAAAUACAAUCACUUGUUAUUGACUGUUAUGGAUCAUCUCUUCAACUAAGAACUUGGCCUUAUUUACCAAAUUUGAGAACUUUGAAACUGAAAGGUGUACAAGACUUCGUUGAUGUUUUCAAAUUUGCACAACAACAUGCCAAUACAUUAACUCAUCUUACAGUUGAAUCAAGUCAGUAUUUUGAAACAAAAGAAGCUAAAUAA